AAGCAAUCGUGAACAUGCAUGGCUCGACAGACAGAAGAAAAGCAGAUAGUCGACUGAUGUAGGGAGGGAGAACACAUUGCGGAAGUUUCACAAGGACUCGUCAGGGCAGGUUAAACAAGUUUGUAACGCGAGAACGUUUUCCAAUAGGUAGGUUACCAGUCCACAAACAAAACGAGGUGAAACUCGGUCAGAGAUUUUAAGGGUCCGGGUGGCUUACUUUAGAGGCGCUCCCAAGCGAAAGACAGAACUUCGAAAAUGGCUGAAGAAGAAGAAAAUUACUACGGAAAGCACGGUGAACCCAGAAAAUAUGACCCUGACUUCAAAGGGCCCAUCCAGAAUAGGGGCUGCACAGAUAUUGUUUGCUGCAUCCUUUUCAUUUUAGCUGUGUUGGGCUACGUUGCAGUGGGCAUUGUUGCCUGGUCCCAGGGUGACCCCAGAAAGGUGAUUUACCCCACAGACAGUAUGGGGCAGUUCUGUGGACAGGCCGGAACCCCUGUAGCGAAUAAACCCUACCUGUUUUACUUCAACAUCAUGAAGUGUGCCAGUCCCAUGGUGUUACUGGAGUUCCAGUGUCCCACAACACAGCUAUGUGUGGAGAGCUGUCCAAAUAUCUCCACGACGCUGCAUGAUGCCAAGAGAAAAACGGACAGCACUAAGGACCCUAAGCACAUUAAGUACUACCAGUCCUUCUGUAAAGACACACCUAUUACUGGCAUGAGUGUCCCUGCAAUCUUGGCGGAGGGAAUAUGCCCUGCUGCACUGGUAGCGAGCAAACCAUUCGCGCGAAGGUGUAUACCGUCACUUAGCAUGAUUGGCGAAAAACUUGUCAUCGGCAACAGCGAAAGAUUUGACGAUGGACAGGGCUCAAUAAGGAAUGUCAAAGAGUUGGUGCCAGGAAUCAAGAAUGCAACCAUUGUCAUGGAAGCUCGACAGGUGGUCAUGAAGAUUUUCGAAGAUUUCACGAGGUCUUGGUACUGGAUCUUAAUAUGUUUGGCCAUGGCUAUGGUCAUCAGCUUUAUAUUUAUCGUGCUUCUCCGUUUCCUGGCGAAAGUCAUGGUUUGGGUGAUGAUCAUCAUGGUGAUUCUGGUCAUUGCGUACGGUAUUGUCCACUGUUCUGUUGAGUAUGUGAAUCUGAAGAAUAAACCUGGCUCUAACGUGACCCUGCAGGAGCUGGGCUUUCAGGUUGACUUCAGUGUGUACCUACACAUCCAGCAGACAUGGCUAGCUUUCAUUAUCAUCCUGGCCAUCCUUGAGCUUAUCAUCAUACUCCUCCUCAUCUUCCUCAGGAAAAGGAUCGCUAUUGCCAUCGCUCUCAUCGAAGAGGCCAGCAGAGCUAUUGGUCAUGUGAUGUCAUCACUGUUUUACCCCCUGUUGACUUUCCUGCUGGUGGGCGUGGUCAUUGCCUACUGGGCCACAACCGCUGUCUUCUUGUCUACGUCCAAUCAACCCGUGUAUAAGAUAUUCAAUGACUCAGCCUGUGAAUACUCCAGAAACACCUGCCAGCCUGCGAACUAUUCAAUGUCGGAGAUGAAGAAGAAGUGCCCAGACUCUGAGUGUUUAUUCGCCUUCUACGGCGGCGAGACUCCGUACCACAAGUACCUCAUCUUCCUGCAGUUCUAUAACGUCUUCCUCUUCUUCUGGUGUGCAAACUUUGUGACGGCUCUGGGUCAGAUGACUCUGGCCGGCGCCUUUGCCUCGUACUACUGGGCCUUUAGAAAACCCAACGACAUACCAUCCUGCCCCCUCUUCGCAUCUCUGGGUAGAGCCCUCAGGUAUCACACAGGGUCUCUGGCGUUCGGCUCUCUCAUCCUGUCCAUCAUACAGCUUAUCAGGGUUCUGCUGGAAUACCUGGAUCACAAACUCAAAGGAGCGCAGAACAAGUUUGCUAAGUUCCUUCUGUGUUGUCUUAAAUGCUGCUUCUGGUGCCUGGAGAAGUUCAUCAAGUUCCUCAACAGGAAUGCCUACAUCAUGGUGGCCAUAUAUGGUAAAAACUUCUGCACGUCGGCCAGAGAUGCCUUCUUCCUGCUGAUGCGAAAUGUGAUCAGGGUGGCUGUUCUGGACAAAGUGACAGACUUCUUGUUGUUCUUGGGCAAGCUCCUCAUCGUAGGCCUUGUGGGUGUCUUUGCCUUCUUCUUCUUCUCGGGGAGAGUGGAGGCUUUUGAUCCAGCAACUCCUCACCUUAACUACUACUGGGUUCCCAUUCUGACGGUGAUUGUGGGCUCUUACCUCAUAGCUCAUGGUUUCUUCAGCGUUUACGCCAUGUGUGUGGACACACUCUUCCUGUGUUUCUUGGAAGAUCUGGAGAGAAAUGACGGUAGUGCCGCAAAACCCUAUCUGAUGCCAGACAGUCUCCUCAAAAUCUUGGAGAAGAAGAGCUCCCGAGAGUGACAUGUUUGUAUGUGUGUGUGUGUGUGUGUGUGUUCAGAGCCAUGCUGCAGUCUGCACUCACUGAUAAUCAUUAUAUCAUCCUAUGCAAAGUGUCUUGAGAGUAGGGACAUGGGGGGACAGACACCCUCCUGCUUUUAGACUGUGACGCUCAAAGCCAUUAAGUGCCUGAGUGACAUCCUGCCAAAGAUGCCAGCCGACAUCUGCAAUCAACAUAUCAGGAACCUAUAGUUCAUUUUGUGUCAACACCUGGUUUCUUAGACUGAGCUAAAGUCCAUUCUUUAGCAAAGUGCUAACCUAGUCCAAGCCCUCAGUACUAACCUGGUCCAAAUAUAUAUAUAUAUAUUUGGACUUUUUUCUGUCUCUUAAAAUGGGGAAUUUUUGCCAUGUUUUGUGAAAUUGGGAAUAGUAUUUUAGGAUGGACUGAGCAGGAUGACGGUGAAUGUUAAAAUGAAAAUUUUUAUUGACUGUUGCAAUGUUUUCUUGGCAUUUUUAUACUACUGUGUGUUACAUAUUUAGGUUUUGUCUCUGCACAGACUGUAUUAAUCAAAAUAAGGGACACAUUUUUUAGGUCUAUCUUUUCUACUGCUCUUUUUUUCCAUGUUUUGUCCUGCACUCCUAAAGCCAUAUUUUUUCUUUAUAUUAGAUUACACUACUGUUAGAUAACAUGCCUGCCAAAUAACAUGAAAGAUGUUCUUGCUAUUCUUGUUUGUUUUGAU